AUGGCACCCGAUCCCCGCAACAUGUUCUUCCGGCAACAGAAUGACGGUCCGAUAAGCCAUAGUAGGGCCCCUGUCGGCAGCAACAGCGUCAACGACGGCAGAUCGGGGCUUCCCAAGGGCGCGAUAAUUGGCGUCGCUGUCACAGCGGCGGUCGUCGUCCUCGCCAUCGCGGCCUUUGUCGUCGUGCGUCUCCGCUCACGGCGCCGUCGGACGGCGGCGUACCAGCCUGGCAAUGCGAAUGGCGGGUUCAACACGAGACAGGCUCCUAUAACGGAAAGCUAUGGUGGUGGUGAAGAAGUCAAGACAGCAGGUGCAGAUGCAGAUGCAGAUGCUGGCCCGUAUGCCGCCAACGAAGGGCUGCUCAGGAAUGCCGAAGCACCAGCGAUCGUGGCCUGGGAUGCGGACCAUGUCGGCAGUACGCAGGAUGGGUUCGCGUAUAGUAGUGGUGGUGGUGGUCAUGGUGGUAGGAGUAUUAGGAGUACUAGGAGUGGGAUCCAGAGGCCGGCGAGCGUGGCGAGUUUCUCGAGCAUCACGACCGCCGCGCCGCCGCCGAGGUAUGAGGAGGUUGUUGCCGGUAGUGCCGCUGGUAUAACUGUUGGUGGCGCGAGGAGGAACUCGGAUAGUGGUUUGCGGCCGUUGAUGCGUGGGGAUGGGGAGGAAGAAGAAGGAGGGGGGAGAGGACGGUCACGGUCGUCGACGUCCAGGGAACGACGGCGGUCGAGUCGGGAUGGACGUGGGCUGUCGGUGGUGGAUGGGGAUAGGCGGAGGAGUGUGAGUCGGUUCCGGGAGGAGGGCAUGGUGGAUUUGGAUAUGGGCACGGGAUCGAGGCCUUGA